GAGUUAGCCAUAGAAGCUCUCGUGAUCACUUAGAGUAACGCGUUGAUGACUUUGUUGUGGUCGAGGGAUUCAUCGGAAAGUGUAUUUCGUUUCGUGUAACACCUUAUAGAUGUCGACCUUAAUGCUAAAUGCUGCAAAAAAACUAAAACAAAUAGAUCUGUUGUUACGUAUAUAUAAGCAUUCCUACUUCAACAUUGGCACGUGCAUAUGGUAGAUGGCGCGGGUAUAUCCCCUGUCGUUUACGCGUAUAUACUUUACGCCCCAUCCACUUCUAGCCGCGCGGCGCCGUCGACUGUCGGGGUUUCUCAGUACAAAACCACCCCCGGAGCUGGUAUUAUCAAAGUAUACGAUGAUACGCGAAUAUUUCAUAAAUUCGAUUCAGUUAAUCCGCUGCAAAUAAUCUUUUCAGUGGACUUUAUUGAAAGUGCAAUUUUUCACGGCGGUUUAUAGACGUUUUUACAAAGUUUGAAGAGGAGUGAUCGAUUUUUCAAUAUUGUUUCGCCGUGAUUAUUUUAGCGCGUCGCGCGCGCUAUGUAUGAGAUGACAAAGCGAAGUUUUGGCAGCCGGCGACACAGAACGAAGGAUUUCUUUCUCGAAAACUGUGCGUGCAGUGAUCACAGACUCAUUCCGGGAAACGGAUUGUCGUAUCGGUGAAGAAGGCGGGCGAGAUCGGCGACGAUGAUAGACGCAAAUUUCAGUUAGCCAAGUUCAAGCGUUUGGCGGUAAGUAAUCAAACGUACGGAAUGUGAAACUCAAAGUUAUCUAAUAAAAGCUGAAAAAUUGUAAUUUCACGUUAAUUCAAUGCUUCAUCGGAAUGUUCAGUGCAAUGUUUUCCAAUUUCACCCAGUUACGGAGUUCCUUGGAGUUCAGUGUAAAAUCACAGAGUAUUUAAACAUUCUCUACCAUAUGGACUCGAAAAAAUAGACCAGACAUAAAAGACGACUGAUGAUAACGCACGACCAUAGAUCAAUUCACAGCAGCGACAUUUUUUUAAUAAAAAACGACACUUCAUUGGAACACCGCACAAAAGUAUAAUCCACGAAAUGUGCUUAUUGUGAUCAAUUUGUACAAACGGAUAAUUGCUUCGAAGAAAUAACCGUCGCAUCUGCAGGAGACACGAGUAUUGUGGGAACAGUAUAAAUUGCAGUUCGCGAACUUCAAGUGUGUGAUAAUGAACAGUUUAAAUCUGACGACCAAGAGUUUACGAACAAAGUUAUAACAUUUAAAAAUCAAUUGUGUCGUAUUACUGCUCGUAAGAAGUUCUUAGUACGAUGUUCCUUGAUGUAACUUAGAAAUUGACCGCAAAUAAUGAAGCAGUCUGUAAAUUUAUGAGCAAGCUGGAUGGUAGAACAGAUCUGAUAUAACCAAACUAAAUGAGAUAACUUUCACGCAAUAAUUUGAAAAAUUGAAUCUUCCACUUAGAGAAAGUAAACUGUAUGAUAUCAACAUUCCUUCAUGUAAAGAGAGAGUGUACUCGAUUUUUUUGAGACUGGUUAUUACGGGAUCUUCCGACUCCCCUGAAGUUUCUCAGACUUUUUAUUUGAAAAACCGUGAGAGAUGACAGCGUGAAAGAACGACCAAUGAUGCGCCGGAGAAACGUCGAUCGUGAAAUGCCAUGCGGAGGUGGGAAUGCACUUCAUCAGACGAGAAGAUAUCUGCGGCUUUCUCGACGUAGGGAGGAACCCGAAGAUCCCAGAGUGGGGUCCCGUUGAGGCAGUUUGUGUCCAUUUGGUCGUUAUUGUAACGUAUUGUUACACAGAGUUCCUAUCUCGAUUUCCCGGCCCAAUAAAUUCGCAGUGACGCAGCCGACAAGAUUCGUACGUCGAUCCGUGAACCACUGAUCGAUCGCGAGCGCUCCGCCGAAGAUGGAGUCGACACUCAUGAAUCUCGCAAAUGCGAGCGACGACCUCGUCAACUGCAGCUCGCAAUUUACAUCGCUCACGGACGGAGUCGCGGUCUGCGAAAGAUUUAAGUUUGGCUUCGAUCGUGAGCUAGUAGAAAGUAUCGUGGUGGUGGUGGUGCCAUUGUUCUUCGGCAUGAUCGGCAUCCUCGGCUUGGUCGGGAAUUCGCUGGUCGUCGUGGUGGUAGCGGCGAAUCCCGGAAUGAGGUCGACCACGAACAUCCUCAUCAUCAACCUCGCUGUGGCAGAUCUGCUUUUCGUCAUAUUUUGUAUCCCCUUUACGGCUACGGACUUCGUGUUGCCAUACUGGCCGUUCGGCAACGUCUGGUGCAAGAUCGUUCAGUAUCUGAUCAUCGUCACUGCCUACGCGAGCGUCUACACCCUGGUCCUCAUGAGCCUCGACAGGUACCUAGCGGUGGUCCACCCGAUCGCCUCGAUGUCUUGGAGAACGGAGAACCAUGCCAUCCUUGCGAUCUGCGUCACCUGGGCGGUGAUCUUAGCGAUAUCCACUCCGGCGCUCGUGAUACAUGGCGAGAUUCGCUACGUGUUCCAGGAGGUGGACGGCUCGUCGUCGGAAAAUCUGACGGCUUGUCGGAUCCUAGAGCAGUACGACUGGUCCUUCUUCCAGGUGUCCUUCUUUCUGACGAGCUAUGUGCUGCCGCUGAAGCUGAUAUGCAUUUUUUACGUGUGCAUGCUGAUCAAAUUGUGGCGUGGCUCGCGCAUUAGCGCCGAAAGCCGACGCGGAAGGAGGCGAGUCACCAGGCUCGUCCUCGUCGUCGUCGGUGUCUUCGCUGUUUGUUGGUGUCCUAUACAGGUGAUACUCGUGACCAAGUCUGUCGAUAUGUUUCCGCUCACGACGGCAACGAUAAUGCUGCAAAUAGCCAGCCACAUCCUCGCCUACACCAACAGCUGUGUUAACCCCUUCCUCUAUGCCUUCCUAAGCGAUAAUUUUCGUAAAGCCUUCCGGAAGAUCAUCUAUUGUAGGCCGCGACCGGAGUCAAACAAUCGGCUGGGACCAGCGACGAAGACUACGAGAGCCGCUAGUACUGGCGAUAUUCUUUAGGUAAUAAAUUUGCAGGCCACGCACGCACGCGAAGCGCGGACUGGCACGUGCAAAAUCGAGCACUUGUUUAUAACGGCGAAUGUCUGUGGUCCAUAAGAUAUUCGGUGUUUGAUGUCGCGUAGGCGAGCAGGCGUAUGUUUCCAAUUCUCCGACCUGCGCCAAACAAAAAUGUAUACAUUGAAACUUUUAUAUUCUCUCUAUUUCUUUAUCGAACAGAGCAGAUAUAUAUAUAUAUAUAUGUAUGUAUAUAUAUACACAUAUAUAUAUAUAUAUAUGUAUGUAUGUAUGUAUGUAUGUAUGUAUGUAUAUAUAUCCCGUCUGUGGGGACAUCUAAACGGUAAUCGUUCGGAGAGAAAGUACAUCUCCGCACGCAGGAGGCGACUGCGUCGAGAUGCAAUUAAUCACAGGCGAGAAGGAGCUUAACUUGUACCCCAAUCGUUGUAGUCGUUAUUGUCCUCCUUUACGAGUGUACUUCGCAGGUUCGAUUCGAAUUCGCGGAUCACGGCAGUCGAGCCCCUGCCGGUUUCGCGAGUGCGAUACUAUACGAUAUCCUUAAAUGUGAAGCGCGAGCUCAUUUCCCGACGCUGUUAAUUCAAAUGGUUUUACGGGAGGUCGUUGGAAAAUUGCAUCCCCGAGAAUUAUAAAGUGUAUCAAUAAAGACACUGAAAUAAUCCA